GAAAAAAAAAAAAAAAAAAUGGAAGAGAAUCUACUCUUGAUCCCAAAAAACGCAAUAUUACUGUUUGGCGUUGGUUAAAAAUAUUCAUGUCUUGUCUCCCGAAAAUCCCAAAAUCUCGGUUCAGACUUGAGAACUACCACCUCCUCCACCACCACCAUCUCGCCGCACCGACUCACUCACUCUUCAAUCUCAGCGGUCCAAUUCUCCGGCCAAUCAAAUGGCUCAUCCACCGUACGAUCCCUACUAUCUACAGCAGCAACCGCAACCAGUACCGCCACCACAACCACAGGACUACAGUGACCGGAGCGCGAUCAACACGCUCUUCGUCUCCGGCCUCCCUGACGACGUCAAAGCGCGUGAGAUUCACAACCUCUUCCGCCGGCGCCCGGGCUUCGACUCUUGCCAGCUCAAGUACACGGGUCGCGGCAACCAGGUCGUUGCUUUUGCUACGUUCUUCAAUCACCAGUCAGCAAUGGCAGCCCUGCAUUCGUUAAAUGGUGUGAAAUUUGAUCCUCAAGCUGGGACCCUGCUGCAUAUUGAACUUGCCAGAUCAAACUCAAGAAGGAAGCGUAAACCAGGUAGUGGAGCUUAUGUUGUUAUAGAUAAAAGAACUAAAAAAGAGGCCGAUACCCAAGAAACGUCUAGUGAUGAUGGAGAAAGUGAAUCUGAUGAACCAUCUGAAACUGACAAUCAUGAUUCUGGGGACAAGAGUGAUCUAGCAACCGCGAAGAGGUUGAAAGAGCUGGAUAACGGUGAGACUGCGGUGGAUUCUGAGAAUGCUGUAGCUGCUGUAAAUGACCAACCCGAAAAGCAUGUUGAUGCAGGACAAUGUUCUACUCUGUUCAUUGCAAAUCUAGGUCCAAAUUGCACGGAAGAUGAGUUGAAGCAAGUUCUAUCUCAGUAUCCUGGAUUCAACGUGAUCAAACUGCGUGCUAAAGGUGGAAUGCCAGUUGCAUUUGCUGAUUUUGAGGAAAUUGAACAAGCUAAUAAAGCCAUGGAUGAACUUCGUGGAAGCUCGUUACCGUCUUCAGACAGGGGCGGCAUGCAUAUAGAAUAUGCAAGGUCUAAAAUGAGGAAGUCGUAGAAGAAAGGGGACUGAGGUAAACGACAUUCAGGCAGGUUCAAGCAUCCUGUUUUCGACCAUGCUGCACCAACCGCUGUUUUCUAAACCCAGCGUAGCCGUUACCGUGCUCCAAGUUUAACUUUAAUUUUGAGAUUCAAACACCCCAACAUUGUAAGACUACAUAUGAUUCUUCCUAUUACAAAUUUUGCAGAUAGUUGUGACCUGAA